AUGAGAGGCAUCGCUUGGAACUGUAGAGGGUUAGGGCAGACCUCUACAGUUUGGGAAUUGAAGUCCCUGAUUCGGUUGCGCUCCCCGGAUUUCAUUUUUCUGACCGAACUUAAAGUAGAUGCUUCUUCCUUGUGCGGGAGGGGUCUGGUCAGCUUGGCCAUCCAGGGAGACUGUCUGACCUGGGAUAACCACCGCUCUGGACCCAACCACGUCAAAUCGGCCCUGGAUAAAGGGCUCGCGAAUGGAGCAUGGAUUAGUCUAUUCCCUAAGGCGACUCUCUGCUCUUCCCAGACUUCAAAUUCGGAUCACCGUCCUCUGUGUUUGCUCUCUGAGGGUUUAGAGGAUAAAAUCCGAAGGAGCUUCAAGUUUGAGGAAGCCUGGACUAGGGAUGAAAGGAGUCAAUUAGUGGUGGACUCUGCUUGGAAGUCAGUUAGCUACCCCUGGGCGCCGGCUCGGAUCUUCAAGAAAAUUGGGGCUACCCGAGUCGCUCUCUUACACUGGAACAGAUCACAAUUUGGAAAAAUUGACUUUUUGAUUUGUGAUCUGGAAAGGAGACUGGAUCUUAUUCAAAAGCUCCCGGUGGGCUCUAGAGAUUGGGAGACUGAAAGAAAUUUGCGGAGCUCGCUUAAUGAGGCCCGUGUUCGGAAGGACCUGCACUGGAAACAAAGGGCCAGGGUCUCUUGGCUGAAAGAAGGCGACAAAUGCUCUAAGUUCUUUUUCCUCUCUGCCUUUAUCAGAGGGAGAAGAAAUGCCAUUGAGUGCAUUCUCGAUAAAAAUAAUUUGUGGAUCAAUAAGAGACAGGAAAUAGGUAAUGAAUUCAUGGACUUUUUCUGA